CAAGAAGAAAUAUGACUUGACUAGCCGCGCUUAAAAAAUAACAACAAAAAUUCGAAGGACGACCAAUCGGGGAAAUUUUCACAUACAUGGCUUGAUUUAAAGUGUUAUUUUACGAAAACAAAAACGACUAAGUAUUAUUUUAUUUCUCAAGAAAUUCUACGAACGAAAAAUAAAAUGUGUGAUAUUGACUGUGCUAAUUUAAUAGAUUUAAGUUUAGAAGAAAAUGCGUCCAUAGAAAAGACUGAUAAAAAUGCAACAACUCCGUCCGAAAAUACUAAUACCGAUAAUCUGUCGACUCUUCUACAUUUUGUGUCACCACCACGUACGGAUAAACGUGUUAGUCUUGAUAAUAAUCCAUUUGAUGUGGUGGAAAAAUUGGCCGAUUGCAAGGAUGAUCCGUUUGAUAUUGUCGAACGAGAAGCAUGUCUUAAGGCUCAGCUUUCUAAAAGAACCCCAUCCGUUGAAGUUAAGCUGGGCAAUCUUCUGUCCUUGAGUGAUGAUAAUCUUUUGGAAUGUGGCAAUGUGGCUCCACCAGAAGAGGUCUCGGGUAGAAAUAAGGUGAAGGAUUUUGAUUUAGACUCAGAAAGUCCGCCCAUUACAAUGAUGGAUAAAUUUAACUCUGGUACUGAUACUGACUCAACGCCCGGCGAUAGCGCAGAAAUGUCUUCGGCAGCUAAAAUGAAGAAGGCAAUGGAAUAUCGGAAACGUCUACUGAAAUUAAGUGUUACAAAUGCGGCCUUUAAUUCUCCGACUGCGAGAAGAAGUUCUGUAGAUGAUGUUGAUGCAAUGGGUACACCCGUGUCUUCUACACUUAACAAAACUCCUUUUUUGUGUGAAUAUUCAUUGGCUGCCGAGUCGCCUUUAAAAUUUGUCGAUGAUGAUAUAAUGUCGGAAGAACCGCCAGCAUUAAUUGAUGCAGACAAGAACUUUGAGGCUGAUCUUGAAAUGUUGAAGAUACCAAUGUUGAGUGAACUUGAAUCUGCCGUCACACAUCAUAUAUCUCCUCCAAGGGACAAUAAAAUCACGGAGACGUGUCUAAAGAGUAUUUCUGCUACAAAUUUAUCGCCACCUCUUGAUUUAGAAACCCUUAAAUCCAAGCUCAAAUCUAAGCGCGAAGAGACCAACAACAAUCAUCAAGAUAUAAAUUCUCUUAUAUGUGAUUUAAAAUCAUUAUUAAACAGCGGAGAUUUGGCGGCAAACGGCAAACAAUUGCAAGCAUCCUCCUUAUUAGAAUCCUUGAGUUGUGCAUUGACAACUUCUCAGACAUCAGAAAGCCCUUCUAUGCAGCAAAAUAAUCUUGCUGUGCCAGAACCACAGCCUAUGAAACGUCAAGGCACAUUUGAUUUGGAUUUAAAAGAAAAUACCACCGCAGAUGAGUUGGCAAAUCAGCCAUUAGUGUCAGAAAUGCCCAAUUGCAUGGUCAGUUCAUCGGCUACAUAUGAUGGUGAAACUGCUGAAGACAAGCAGGAGUUGAAUCUACCAGAAAUUGAUCCACCCUCACCGCAAUAUUCUGACGGCGGUGAGACAACAUUGCAACAUGACGUUAAUGAUAUCGUAGAACAACUGAGUAAGCUACUUAUCCAUAACAAUUCCGGUGAUGGUCAGCAAGGUAACCAACAAAAUCCCACUUUUAUUGUUGUUAUGCCUUCAAACAGUCAUCAUAAUAACUCGAUUUCGGCUGGAACAAAACAAAAGCCUGCAAUGGUAACCAGUUUCAUUGAACAUUCAUCUCCUGAUGAUUCUCCCGAACUUAAUAUUGUUAAUGUUCAGCCGAAUCCACACCGUAGGCGAUCACAGUCUUUAUCGUUGCAUGAUAAAGUAAAAAUUGUUCAAAUACCAUUCCAUCCACCAACACCGAAAGGUUUGCAGAAACGACACAGCAUAAUGGAUGACUCUCCGCCGGUGACAACAACACCACCGCCAAAAGAUUUUGAAUCAGAAGAAUUUAAGACACCGGAAUUUAAAACACCAGCACGUAUGAUUCGUCGUAACUCCUAUUCGAGUGGUACUCCAUAUACAGCCACAGUUGGAAUGAGAAGAACUGGUAUUGGGUCCUCGAUGACACAAACAUUGGACACUCACGUUGAAGGGCAACAGCAGCAGCAACAAAAGGCAAUUGUCAGACCAAUGCCAACAAAUAAUCUACAAUCAUUUAAACCAGAUCUAAAGAAAAAACACAAAGCGAACGCCACUGAAUCAAUAAUGAAAUCAUCUGGACCACUUAAGGCUACUAUACCGGUAAAGAAGGUGGCUCCAAUGUUAAAAACAUCCCCUCCAACACCCGACAAUGGGGCCAUGAAAGAUGAUGUUCAUAAUAAUUCUAAGGUGAAAUUGAAAAUGCCCACAACUCCCAUGGCUUCUGGACGUACAUCGGCAUUGGGUGUACCGGCUGGUUAUCCCAAUGCAUGUUCAACACCAUCUCUAUUUACAUCCCCCAUGAAGCGAACCACAGCCGGUACAACACUACAAAAACCAAGAUAUUCUUAUUUAUCUGCCACUCCUAAUGCAAAGCCUGUUGCAUCCGCUGCAUCUACUGCAGCAAUUAAAAGGCGUACCAUAUCUGAAUUCAAAGCAAAAUCUCCAUUAAAGUCAAGGAUAAAUACAACAGCUGGAACGGCUGCCUCUUCUAGCGCAAGCAGCAGAAAUGCUUCAUCAACAUCACGUUUGUCAACCUCUUCAUCACGACUCUCUACAUCGUCUAGUACCAAGUUAAAUUCAAAGACAACUGUAAAACCAGCAAGCAAUACUGCAGCUGUAAAACCUACUGGUCGAAUUAGUUCCCGAGUAUCGUCUGUGGGCACCACCUCACUAUCCCGUAACAAGGAAAAUAAACAUCCAUAGUUCCAAACGAGUGUUUUUCAUUAUAUUUUAUGUACUUAAUUUCUGUUGAUUUUGUGGUGUUUGCAGUACUUUUUGUUUAUUACAUUAUUUUUUAAAUAUUUUUACUACAAAUUACAUUUUUCAUAUAUACCAGUAUAACAAUAAAAUUGAUCUAAAACAUGAUAA